GCUACCGAGUACAAGGGCACCCCUAGUGGUAAAUUUCUUCUACUGUCCACAUAGGUCCUGGCUCUCGUUUUGCGGUUUCAAAGGAGGCACUUAGAAACCUAGAAGCCGGUGUGGUCUACCUGGACAUCGUCUGAGCUCUUCAACCUGCAACUCUGAUCAUAGGAGGCUCUUUUUCCUCCUCCUCCUUUCUUCUUGAGGCCACUGCCCGUCUUCUUCCAUCCUCCACGAAGCGGUAAUGUGCUGAUCUCUCCCCUCGCUACGAUGAUUUCCGUCGUGUCCACUGUGGAGAGCCUUCCCAGGGGCACGGGGACCCCGGCACCGACCGUAUAUCAGCGGAUCAGGAAGGUCUUGAGCAGAGAUCUAUUUGUGACAUUGGCCUUGGGUCAGGUCCUGUCCUUGUUAAUUUGUGCCAUUAGCCUGACUAGCAAGUACCUGGCUGAUGACUUCCAUGCCAACACACCAGUGUUCCAGGGCUUUCUCAACUACAUCUUGUUGUUUCUGGUCUAUACCACCACGCUGGCAGUUAGGCAAGGUGAAGGUAACUUGCUGGCCAUUUUGAAACAGCGCUGGUGGAAGUACAUGAUUUUAGGUUUGAUUGACAUCGAGGCCAACUACCUGAUACUCAAAGCUUACCAAUACACCACGCUAUCCAGUGUACAGCUGAUAGACUGCUUUGUCCUCCCAGUGGUCCUACUGCUGUCGUGGUUCUUUCUAUUGGUGAGAUACAAGGCCGUCCACAUUGUAGGCACAUUACUGUGUCUUCUGGGUUUUGGGUGCAUGGUUGGGGCUGACAUCCUACUUGGCCGGCAGAAGGGCUUCGGGGAACAAAAGUUGUUUGGUGAUAUGUUAGUUUUGGGUGGAGCAACUUUGUAUGGGAUCUCCAACGUCUGUGAGGAGUACAUAGUGAAGAACCUGAGCCGUGUGGAGUUCCUGGGCAUGAUGGGUCUCUUUGGGUCAUUUUUCAGUGGCAUCCAACUGGCCAUUAUGGAACACAAGGAGCUGCUGAAGGUUCCCUGGGACUGGCAGAUUGGUCUUCUCUAUGUGGGCUUCAGUACCUUCAUGUUCAUCCUGUACAGCUUCAUGCCAGUGGUAAUGAAGAGGACGAGUGCUGCCUCGAUAAAUCUCUCUCUGCUCACAGCUGACCUGUACAGUCUCUUGUGUGGCCUCUUCCUCUUUCAUUACGAGUUUUCUUGUCUCUAUUUGAUGUCAUUCUUCUUGAUUAUUUUGGGACUGGUGGUUUAUUCGUCUGCAUCCACCUAUGUGGUUCAAGACCCUCGAGUCUACAAGCAGUUUAGGAACACAGGCAACAAUCGUCCUACAGACCCCCUCCAGUCCAGUCAUCGAGUUUUAGAGCCAACUGUAGCGUACACCAGCUUGAGCCCUGAGUCAGGGGAGGAACCUACUUUACGUGUAAUUUAGGAGAGUAAAAAUACUCUCCUAAAAUAUUGUUGACUGUUGGAGAGUACUGGUGGAUAUGUGGGAUGCAAACGUACAUAUGUUUUGGCCCACAGUUGUGAGCGGGUAAAACUGGAUGAUCAAUUCCUGCAUGAACCCGGUGUUCUUCUAUGGGCCAUACUAAAGGAGAGGAAGCUUCAAAUCCCUUUGACAAAUCAUCGUACACAACUGAACGUGUACCUGAAAGAGACUGAAUGUUAUUAACUAAAGACUUAGCCUCUACAGUGGUGAAUGUAAAUUAUUAUGUACAUAGUUGUAACAGUAUUGUUAUCUUUCUUUUUAGUUCUUUGAAAAUCAUACUCUUCAUGCUUGAUGAGCGUGGCUGAACAGUGUUUCUGUUUCUGUAUGUGUUUGAUUUAAUUAUUUUGUACAUUUUACAGAAAAGCCAUCUGCUCAAACAGAACUACAUGGUCAUUAUCCAUUGCUUGAGGUCUUAAGUAUUUACAGACGGAAAUGGAAAUAAAACUUUGUACCGUACAGUAAA